GAAACAUAUAUAACUGUUCCCGGCUUUCUUCAUCAUCGGUUUUCUUACUGCACUCUUUUGCUUUCACCAAUUCUCACUCGCUGCUAACGCAGGUGCAGACUUCUGUCACUUUCAUAUUUUAUUCAUUGUUGUCCAAGUAAACUUUCGUAGAGGAAAUCACUGCUGUUGAGUUAGCCUUAAAUCGAAAAGAUGGGGAGAGCAAAAAAGGCUCCUAAAUUUGCAGCCAUGAAAAAGAUCAUCACCAAGAAAGCAAUCAAAAAUUACAAGGAAGAGGUUUUGAAUCCCAAUAAGAAAGACCUUAGCAAGGAAAAGCUUCCAAGAAAUGUGCCAAAUGUUUCCUCGGCGCUUUUCUUCAAACACAACACAGCCUUGGGGCCGCCUUACCGGGUCUUGGUGGAUACCAACUUCAUUAAUUUAUCCAUCCAGAAUAAAUUGGAUCUAGAGAAGGGAAUGAUGGAUUGCUUAUACGCAAAAUGCACUCCUUGUAUUACGGAUUGUGUGAUGGCGGAGCUUGAGAAGUUAGGUCAGAAGUACCGUGUAGCUCUGAGGAUUGCUAAGGAUCCUCGUUUUGAGAGACUACCCUGUUCUCAUAAAGGGACAUAUGCUGAUGACUGUCUUGUUGAUCGAGUUACUCAGCACAAAUGCUUCAUUGUUGCAACCUGUGAUAGAGAUUUAAAGAGAAGGAUUCGGAAGGUUCCUGGUGUACCAAUUAUGUACAUUACUCAACAUAAGUAUUCAAUUGAGCGCUUGCCAGAAGCAACAAUUGGAGGAGCCCCAAGGAUCUAAAAUGGCAGAAUGGUCAUUCAGCAAUGCGGUAUUUGUGGGUUCACAUUUCUUCUGCUGAUUCAAGGACUAGAGCUCCCUGAUAUAUGUAUCAUUAAUAUCAUUUUUGUCCUGCGACCACAGAAAGAAUGUAACAGCAUGGUUGUGCUUUAGUUUUGAAUCAAAACAGUUGGAAUCUUGAAUGCUACAUUUCUUUUUGUAUUACGAGUGUUUUUAACCCAAGGUUAUUGAGUCCUGGUAGUACAACUAUGUCGAGGUUAUUGCAGUGUAUGAUACCAUUGCAGGAACUGUAAUUGUAAGCUGAAACAUCAGACUUUUAGUCAACGAUAAAUUACGGAAUCUUAUUGUUAAUGGGAAAGAAUUUGAUAUUCAAUAA